GCUUAGCACUUGACAAUCCCCUGGACUGGUCUGGUACCAAAGCGGCUCCAGAAUACCUAUUACCAGUGCAUCGUACUUUGCCACCAUGACGCUUGACCAAGUUAGGCAUGUAUUUCGCUCUGACACGGAAGUACCCAUGCCUCUGAUCGAGGAAAGACAUCAGGUGAUGAAUGAAAGCGGAACAGUUCUGUUAGAGAAGUUUGGAGGCUCUUUCCUCACCUGUGUAAAAAUGAGCGAGAAAAGUGCUCAGAAACUACUGCGUCUAGUACUGGAACAUUUUCCUUCUUACAGAGAUGAAGCUGUAUUUGAGAAAAAAAAGGUGUCUUUCUACAAACGGGCACAAAUACUUGUGGCUGAUACAUGGAGUGUAUUAGAAGGCAAAGGAGAUGGCUCUUUUGGUGACAUUUCUAGUCUGACUAUAUUUGCUGACUACAGAAUUCCUCAAGUUCUUGUUCACUUAAAAGCAAUGAAGUAUUCUGAAGAGCUAAUGAAGAAACUACGUGAAGGAACAAUUUUCCAGUCUGGAGAUAGAGAGGAGGUGGAGAUCCGUGGCUGUUCUAUUUGGUGCUGCGCAUUGAUUUGUAAGCACCUGCUGGAGCUCUAUGAGAAGAAGGGUCAGGACAUGCGUGAGAAGAUCAACGCGGUUUUACUCGAUUAUCAUCUUUGGGACUAUGCCAGGGAUCAUAGGGAAGAGAUGAAAGAUACGCCGUUUCACCGAGUGCGGUGUAUAUAUUACUAAGUCCAGUCUGAUGGCUAUUGGACUGUUGCAUUAUCUUUUGCAUUGCAAUUACUCUUUUCAUACCGUUUGUCAUACACUAGUGUAGAACCAGCUGACUCAGAUGCUCGUGUUCUGAUGAUGUAGUAACAACUCGCUUUUCUUUUGCUCGCUGUGACUGGAAUUAAUAGCGUAAACUUUGCUGGACAAUCCAUGUUAAUUCAGGGUUUAUUGCUCCUGCUUCCAGCUCUGCACUG